AGCUUCUGGGUGUUGCUUUCAAGUGCACUCCUGCUGGAUGCGUGUGUAUGUAUGUGUGUGUGUGUGUGUUAAGGGGAAGGGGGGGUGCGUUCAUUCUUUCUACUGCUACAGUAGCAACACACAGCGGUGGCGUUGGUCCCGGACAAAAGGCUGAAGGCGGCAGAUCCACAGGAGGGGGUGACUCAGGGACAAAGUGCAUGCCCAGCGGGACUGCACUUCUCAAGGAAGGAAUUCCAACCUGCAGCCUCACCUCUUUUCAGGCUUGGACCGCAGACGUGACGAUGUCCGAGGACGAGUGCCGCUCCCCCAUCGGCCUGGACUGCUGCAGCUGCUGCCUGGACCUGGCCAACGGCUGCGACGGCCCCGUGUCUCCGGGCCUGCCGACCAGCCCCACCAGCCCCAGCGUCAGUCACUUCCGGCAGCUCCGCAAUCAGCUGAUGUACCCCAACCUCAACACGGACAAGCUGAACAACAUCAUGAGGCAGGACUCCCUGGAGUCGGUGGUGAGGGACCCCUGCUUCCUGCUCAACGAGGGCAUCUGCAACAGCAACAUAGACCAGACCAUGCUGUCUAUCCUGCUUUUCUUCCACAGCGCCUCUGGUGCUAGCGUGGUGGCCAUCGACAACAAGAUCGAGCAGGCCAUGGACCUGGUCAAGAACCACCUCAUGUAUGCCGUGCGUGAGGAAGUGGAGAUCCUCAAGGAGCAGAUCAAGGAGCUGGCGGAGAAAAACAACCAGCUGGAGAGGGAAAACUGCCUGCUGAAGAACCUGGCCAGUCCGGAGCAGCUGGAGAAGUUCCAGUCCCGCAUCCCGACUGACGGCACGGACAACCAGGUGGCGUCGGAGCUGCAGAAGCGUCAGACGUGCAGCCACACAUCGGGCUCUGCCGUAUAAGUGGCUCUGCCUUGGGGCGGGCAGAGCCACUGUCCCUUUUCCAGCAAUGGACCUCCCAUGUUUUUGCGUUGAAUUGCUGCCGCUGAGAAAAUGGCAACGAGGGGCCCCUGCGGCCGCAAAACGCCCGAUGGGACUUCAAAAAAGUUGACUCUGAUAAGCACAAAACUUCUGACCGGCGCAUCGUCAGGUCCGUCCUCUGAUCCCCGUCCACGGUCAACAAGCGCCAAGAACCGAGAGAGGACAUUGCUUUCAGACAACAGGGUCUGAGCGGGCACCCGUCCGGCGGAUGUCCUUUUCCGCUCUUGAUCGGGCUGGUCCUGCAAGGUGCAGACCGGGCGGGUGAGGCGACUUCCCACUCCACCUGAGAACAGUUCUCCCGGUCCAGACGGGCCGCGAGGCCCUCCCAGGUUUGCGGGAUGCGUUCAAGGAUUCCCCAGCUCCACAUUUCAUCCACAAGGACUUCUGCUCCCGUGUGUUUGUUGACGUUCAUUACCAGAAAUAAUCAACAGGAUGAGCUGCGGGGACGCUCGUCACGGUAUGACGGAGCCCUGGCGGAGCGACUCGUAUACUGUACUGAUUCCUAAUCUGUAAUCUAUUGUCUGCAGUUGGGGCUUGCUGCUUUUAGGGGGGGAUUGAUCCUUGCCAUAUCUUCGUUUUCUGUCUCUUUUAUAACAUAAGGAUGCAUUCUGAGAUCACUUCAUCCACACUGAAGGCGAAAAACAAACAAGCAAUGGACUCAUCGACUCCAUCCUUGAUGCCAACUUGGAAAAACGAUGGCAUGACGACAGUGCCUGUACUUUAGUCAAAGAAAGGAACACGUCUCGACUCCGAGCUCCGCUGACGCUGUUAUUCUCAAGCUACCAAAGACUUUUUUUUUUUUCUUAAAACAGCAGCAGCGGAAAGACGAGCCGACAACCAGGACCAUGUGUUAAAAGUUCACAGGGAGAAGUUAGUCCUCAAAGUGUCUGUGUUUUUUGUAAAGAUAAUGGUUUUGUUGCUGUACAGUAUCCAGACUACAUUUGUUUGAUACGCUCUUUGGAUACAACUGCACAUUCGCAAUAAACCUUAUGUUUACAUAAUAUGAA